AUGCCUAAAGUACUGAAAGAUAUAUUUGUGCACAUAACAAACUCUUCUCCAUCGCUUGUUUGCGAAUUGACCGUAGUGGGAUUUCUAAUCAUGGAAGCAAAGUUAAUCUUACUGGUUAUGGACUCUCCUACCAGCUAUGUUUGCCGUGUAAACAGGCUAACGCCUUUAAAGGUUCCAGAACUAGUCGAGGAAUUUGGUAGAAGAAUGCUGCCAAUCGUAGAAGUAAUAGACAAGGCAAAGCUUCUGAUGGAAAAGUUGUAUAUCCUAUUAGUCAAUGACGAAACCCCAUUGGAUCUAGAAUUUGAUGAUGGCUCAAGAAAUGGAUCAAUCCCUCUCUGCUUUCACAUUCAAAGGAAUAUUGGUCUAAAAAUUAGCAUUUUCUUUUAA